GUAUACAGAGCAAUAUGUUCCGCUGAAAUCAAAUGAGAGAGCUGUUUAAAACAGUCGCUUAUCGGUGGUUGUCAGCAGUUGAAAGUACGUGUGUUGUCUGCUCUUUACGUAAUCUUUUAUUUUUUUGUGAGUAAUUUUGCACCGGGUACUGGAUGCCGCGUGGACCGGGAUUAUUUUGGCGAGGAUAACUCUAGUGCUCUCCCUCCUCCCCGCAUCCGUUGUUGUCCUCAGCAGCAGCAGCAGCAGAAGCAGACUCAGCCAGACGGGGGACGAUCUGUAUGCAGCAACACUGUAAACAGACGAGGAGCUGUUUUAAUGAAAGCCAACAUCGCUGCAUCGCGGUUGAAGCCUUCAAUCAGCAAUGCCUGGGAAUCCUCCAGCUGCUCUUCCAUGCUGUUUUCUGAGAAUGGGAUCGUAGUAAACCUCUCUGGGAUUUAGAUUACCUGCUAGCAUGUUGCAGUCUGCCACCAGAACAGGAGCAGUGGGAUCUACCCUAAACUGCCAUAAGACAUGCAUCUGCGCCUCAAACAUCGUGAGCUGCUCCAAGAUGAAUCUGACCACUGUCCCAACUGGUAUACCCCACUACACCGCCGUGCUGGAUCUCAGCUAUAAUGAGAUAACGCGGCUGCGGUCCGAGUGGACCCCAGUCAAGCUCCCAAAGCUCCAUAACCUCCUCCUCAGCCACAAUGGUCUCCACUUCCUGUCUUCAGAGGCUUUCAUAUACGUGAAGCACCUGCGCUACUUGGACCUGUCCUCCAACAACUUGCGGCAGCUGGAUGAGUUUAUCUUUGAGCCUCUGGUCAACCUGGAGGUCCUCUUGUUGUACCAUAACCAAAUUUCACAGAUUGACCGCUCAGCCUUUGUUGGCAUGAUCAACCUUCAGAAGCUCUACCUUAGCCAGAACCAAAUCUCCCGCUUCCCUGCGGAGCUAGUCAAGGAAAAGACUCGUCUGGAGAAACUUAGCCUCCUGGAUGUGUCCUCCAACAAGAUCAAGAUGUUGCCCAUUGAUGAGCUCCAGGUGCUGCCUGCUUGGAUUAAAAAUGGCCUCUACUUCCACAGUAACCCUCUGCUGUGUCACUGUGAUCUGUACACACUCCUCGCCCAUUGGUACAUUCGAAAACUCAACUCUGCUGUGGACUUCAAAGAUGACUACACGUGUAUUCUGCCUGGCCCGGAAAAAACACAAGUAGGAGUUUUUGAUCUCAGCGGUGACAAUAUGAAUUGCAGCACAUUCAAGGAGGCGGACGAAGAGGCUUUUCUGGAACAAACGCUCACCCUCAGCUGUGACACCAAACACAGGGACAUGUUAAAGACCUGGACGAUGCCUGGCAAUGUGCUGGUGACACCUGGAAGCAACCAGACAGCCAAAGUGUUGCAAGAUGGAAGUCUACAGAUUAGUCCAGUGAGGUCUGAGGACUCUGGGACCUAUACUUGCUUUGCAACAAGCGAGGUCUUCAAUGAGACAAUCUAUGUGGUGCUGAAGGUUCACAACUUCACAAUGCACGGGAGCGGAGAGACCCUGAACACAGCAUACACCACCUUAGUGGGCUGCCUGGCCAGCGUGGUGCUGGUGCUCAUGUACCUUUACCUGACGCCAUGUCGCUGUUUCUGCUGCCCCAACAAGGGUAAGACUCGGGGCGAGGACAGCAUCCACUCCUCCAUGCUCAGUGUGACACCAACCCAUGAGGACCCAGCGCUCAAGGCUGAGCUGAACAGGCACGUGGCAUUCAUAGACUCGAAGGACUUACAGGGCCAGAACGGCAAGGUGAACCCCAAUGGGGAUGAGGAUGAUGAGGAUCUGGAUGCAGAGGCUGGUUCUCUUAUGAAGGGGAAGAGGAAGAAGUCAGUAGCAGAAUCCAUUAGCUCCGUCUUUUCAGACACUCCUAUGGUGGUCUGAGAUGAGACGAUGGGUGCCACAUGACUGGAUGUAUAUGGUACAACGUGAGCCAUGUUUUAGUUAAUGUAAACUGUGACUGUGACCUUGUGGGAGAAAACGGAGGAAGGAUAUUCAUCUGUAGUUGCUGGCAAGUGGAAAUGAGAAUCUCAAAGGGAGUAAAAAACAAACUGUCUUGUUGUCGACAAGGACAAUAAGCAGAACUUUUCCAGCAUUUCAAUCUGUAGCACUUAAUAUUCAUACUGUGAAGGAAUGGCAGUGUGCAUGGACAGUGGAAACUACUGAGGUCUUAUGAGAAUAAAAGGUAGAUAUGUUGUUGAUUUCAGCACUCAGGAAGUGAUACAUAAUAUUGCUAAAGUGUGGGAAAUACAUAUGAUAUGAUGCACAGAUUGAAAUUAGAUUUGAAAAAAGAAAAUAGUUCACAUAUAGUUUAUAUUGGAACCAUGGCUGGCUCAUAAUUAUAUUUAUUAAGAGGACUAGAAUAGAUUGCAUCUUGUGUAAACGUUAGAGCAUAGAUACAUUUACCCCUUGUCUAUCAACACAGCGACAAAGACUUAGAUGGAGAAGCUGCUGCCGCCUGGCUAUGAAUACAUGAGUCAUUAACCUUGAGACAUCUAUAGAGUAACAGCAUGCCAUAAACCCACAUUAUAUGAGACUUAUCAGUAUGAGAGGGAUAAAGGAAAUGUGGGUUCAUCAAACAUUUAGUCAUUUAUAUUCAGAAAGCAGUGGCACAGACAUUAUAUUAAGAGGCCAUCGCAGGUCAUUUUCACCCUAAUUCAUAGCUGAUCCUUGGCUGCACUCAGAUUUAAUUCAUUCGACUGAUCCUUACCCUUACUCAUACUCAUGUAUAGCGAUAUAGGGGAGAGCUCUUUUUAACUUUGUAUGUUAAGGGAUCAAUUUACAUAAAUGUAUGCCAGGAAAUUGUUAACCAGCUCGAGGUAGAUCAUUGUUUUAUAAACGAAUUGUAUAUCACAAUAAUUGCCUCUCAGUUACUGCACGUCUACUGUAUAACCCGAGAUAAACUUUUGAAGCCUUACAUAAUUAAAAACAUGGAACCCCUCCAGCAGAUACGCGUUAGGUGCAGGGAAGUAUUUUGUCCUGACUGAUUAUCAACAUAUUGUCUCAAUUCUGUAUACAGACAGGUACCAUGGUCCUUACAAGGACUAACAGGCUUCUGUUUGUUGUCCACUGAGGUGCCACUUACUGUACUGCAGAGUUUAAGUCCUCCUCUUGGCCGAGUUAUAGCCUGUUUCUCUUUGUCAGACUAGAAGGAAGUUAAACACCUAUCCCAUGCUGAUAGGAGCCAGCUUUAGUUCAUUUCAUUCUUUCCUAUGUAUGUAAAAUGUGCACCUUAAACAAAAUCCUGAUACAUUUCAAUGUACAUUGCGCAAAAAAACCCAUGAACCUUGGUGUAUUCAUUCAUCACGUCAUGAAUUAUGUCGUAGAUUUAAGUGUUUGAUCUUGCAUUUUGCUGAGAUGGACAAUUCCCAGUGUCACACUGAUAAAAAAAAUGUAGCUGCUUUGCCCUGUGGUUGGGAGAAGAUGGACGUUUUAAUAGCAGAUCAACAUUAGAGGUCGGCGCAUAAUAAAACCCACAGGGUUUCUGCUGAAGAGGAAGCUCAUGAAUAUCAUUGAUGAGGCUCUACAUUAUUUGACAGGAGACUUUACUGUCUGUAGCUGCUGACAGGAAACCUUGUGUAAUAUAGGGUGAUUUUUACUCAGUGGUUUUAUCCUUAAGAGUAUCCCUUUGUCUCAACAAUUAUUAUUGAAUCUAUUGUGAAUUGAAUUUACCAGACGCAUCGAAUACUGUGGAUAUUUUCAUCAACGAGGUUUAAAGCAGGAGACUGUGUCUCCUUGGUGCAAACAAGGAAGAGUGAUUUCAUUAAACUGUGCGUCGUUCGUGUCAUAGUACAACAAGGCUAGCCCCGCGCAAAUGCUAAUUGCAUCGUUUGAUGGGAUGCAGCUUCCCUCUGCUUUCCAUGUCUUUGUGUCUCUGAGCCUGAGAGGAUAGGUGUGUUAUCAUGAGUCACAGCAACACAAAGCCAUUCUCUCUGGCUCCCUGUACACUGACCACCUCAAUUCAGCCCAGAUGUGUUUGCUUUGUUUGUGUACCUCUGUCAUUACGAGGCUGCCCUUACUUAAGUUCAAAAGCAAUCAUUCAGCCAGGCAAUGAAUGUGAUGCCCUUUAAGUAGUCUGUAAUUUGUUUGUGAAGGAAACUUUCAUCGAACGUUUGCUCUCCCACUGAGUCAUAUGGUUGGGAAAUACAGUAUCAUAUAAGAAUUUGAGUUUUCCAGUUCAAAACGUACCACAGUAUAUAUAAGAAGAGAGUAGAUAGUUUUUUAAAUCACAUACAUCUUGCUCAGUAAUAUGAAUUUCACUCUCAAAUGUUGAGAUGCGAUUUCUGGGAGCAAUAGGUUUUUACGCAAAAUUGGUAGAAUAUUCACAGUUGCUGUGUACACCACAGCAUCUCCUGUGUGGGUGAGAAAAGGAAGUCACACUUAUCAGAGAGGUGGUGUGUGAAUCAUUCCACUCUCUCACUCAUAGGAAUACCAGGUGGAGAAAUAUAGAGCAGCAAAAAUACCACAAGACGUACUUUAAAAAAAAAAAAAAAAAAAAAAAAAAGCCACAUUUAGCACUACUGCAGACUGGCUGCAGUUACUGAGGAAACUGUCCCAUUAUCAAGGAUCCAGGCUCUAUGUUUUGCUCUCUAGAACGGAAAUAUGUGUGUUGUUCCCUGCUUGUGUGUAGUGGGAUCAAUCUAAAACCCCUUGGCCCGAGAAAGCCUAAGAAGUUAGUAAAUAUAAGUCACAUGAUCCGAAAUAGCUAAAAAUUAUAGCUAUACACAGAUAUUACGGCUGUUGGCCCAUGGCCAGACCAUCAUGGAACAGCAUGUGUUUGCUCUGCAGUGUCAAUCCAGUUAAAUCUGCAGUGGCUAAUGGGUGGUCUUCUCACUGUGGGCUGUCACUCAAAGUACAAAUUGCAGUUAUGUAUAGAGAAAAACUUAAGUGCUAUUGCUGUUGAAGGUCCUGAAGUAGAGGAGAAGAGAGGCUUUCUUCCCUCCAAAGCAAAUCUGCCUUCCUAUAUAUAUCUAUAUGUAUAUAUAUGUAUUAAGACUCACUUUUCUGUGUUCAGUAUUGAUUAGCCGUGUACUGCUAUGAUCUACCAGUGUACUGACUGUAUUCUUGUAUAAUCCAAUGUUGUUGAUCAUUUUGGCAUUUCGUCUGCCACUGUGCUUCUGUUAGUUGUUUCAACAUUCAAGUCUUGACAUAAAUGUUUAUUUUUUAAGCGGGGUGGGGUUUAGUUUUUCUAUUGAAAGAGGAUUAUUUUACACACUCUGCUGAAGAAAAUGGUUAAACUGAAAAUAUGUAUCAAAAACUGCAUAGGAGGGAUGCCACUUUUGAAAUCGUUGGACAUGAUACAUCCUAAUGGGCAGUGAGUAUGUAGCCGCGAUUUAUUUUCAGUCAGUGUUUGACUUUGCUCAUAAAGCCAUAAGAAAUCCAAGGAGAGAGCACAGUGCUUUAUGAGAAUGGUGAUGUAGGGAGUUGUUGGUGGAGAAGUUCUCCAACAAAUACUUCAUGACAAUUAAAGCAACAACUUUAUGUCUGUAAGAAAAGUCAAAGAAUUAUAUAUUGUAAUGAGUAAUGAAAAUCAUGAGAUCUUACCACCCACAACAAUGAAUUCCUGAAACACGUUGGGUUUUGAAUGGAUUUGAAGACAGAGGGUAAAUAAAUCUUCUCAGGACUAUCUCAGUUUUAAGUUCUAAUGUAAUAUGAUGUGAAAACAUAAUUUUGAAGGUUUUCACAUUUGCAACAACAAUAAAACAUGAUUUUGGAGAUCUGUGCCAUUCACGGGCCCUUUGCUAUUUGAAGUAAUGGCACUUUAACUGUUCCCUUAAUGAUCAGUUGUCACAUAUUAGAAAAGGGAGCGGUCUCUCCCUGCCCGGCACACAUCUAUCUCCAUUUGUCUAAACUAUGUAGUAGCAAUUACGGCAACAUCCUCGAGAUGGUGGAGCUAAAAGCUCACUGCUUCUCCAGUGUGCUACUACAAGUUUCCACAGGACAAGAAUGGAGCUUUUAACAGCAUUAAAAGCACUGAGUUUAUUGACCACUGCUUCAAAGAUGAGCUGGUUGGUCACUGCCAUAAAAUCUUGAAAGGUCUCACAGCUAGUGGAAUGGCUUUGCAUGGUAUGUUUAAGAGCUUUUCUGACUGCAGGAUAGGUGCAACCUAGUAGGCAUUAAAGAUAAAGAAUUACUG